ACGAAAGACAAAAUGUAAAAAAUGUUAAAAUUAGUAUCGUUAAAGAAAAUGAUGAGGCUUAGUACGCAGCUGAAUAUAAUUGUGUUAUUCAAAACAGCCAAAAAUAGGCUAGACGAAACACGCAAAAACUUGUUUGGAGGUCAAAUGCUAUAGGCUACCGCUGCAGGUGAAAUGCUUUCUGUCCUAUUGUGCCCCGUUAUUGUGCCCAAUGUUCUGAAGAAAAAAAACGAGAACAACACUUGUAGACCGAAAGGAGAACUGUAAAGACGCACAACAUUUUCAUUCGUGUCUUGCGUAAUUAUUUACGGGGAAAUCCGUUCGGCUGGAAAAUCUGUUUUGAAAUAGUAGGCUGAGUAAAUUUUGCAACCAGUAGCUACGUAUUUCCUCGCUGAAAAAUAGUAGUGAUUUUAAUCAAAGUGGGAACCAUUGACUGUCACCUCAGACCUCGCGUUUGUUUACUCCGGUUUAUUCAGUUAUUACACUUUUCUUCUUUUAAGUUUUUUUGCAGUUGAUUAGAGCCUGAAUUAUAUUAUAACGUGAGAUAUAAUUCAAGUGAAAGUCAACAGGUGUAGUCAGUAUGACAACGGUGAAAAUGUCUUCGAUGAACAAUUGGCUUGGAAUCCUUUUGUUAUCAAUGUUACAUCUCGUGGACGCCGAGAAUUUGACGGAUUGGAACACUGGCGACGGCGGAUUCAAGUGGCGGGCCAACUGUGAUUUUCCCGGCGACGAUAUAGGUCAAGUUCUCUUAACAACUGCAACCCGAGAAGAGUGUGGCCGACUUUGUAUUGCCAACCCGCAAUGCAGCCACUUUGUGUUUGGUUAUCUGGAAAAGUGUUACAUGAAGAAUACGCCAUCAACGACACACCGUCAAGACAUCGAUUAUGAAAGCACGGCCAUUUGCGGUUUCAUUCCCUGGAGAUUUGAAUCUCAAAUUGGAAGGGACGACUGGAAAUCUACAAGCGAAAGUGGUGCUCAUAGCUGCAGUUUUUAUGGCAACGACAGUUUGAUUUUGACGACAGAUUGCCGACAGGCUGAAGAUUGCUCCCUAUGGUACGACCAGGUUCUUCCCACUAAUGGUUCAACAGCCUGUAAAUUAUUAGACGGAAAUUCAGGAUCGUGUUGCCCGGUGCUCCCUAAAAUCACUAUAAAGUUCCAUGAAGAAACGCAAUACAUUAAAAUGAUCCCCGAUGAGAGGGAGCGAAUAAUCGACGCGGGAACAAAUCUCACUCUGACGUGUGUCUACGCCUUUGAAGACGAAUAUCAAAAGAAAAAUUAUAAUUUUUCGUGGGAAAUUCCAGAUUACUUAAUCAAAAACACUGAAUUAAGCGACUUGGACAGUCGUCUUCGCAAAACGUUUGGGAGGAACGAGACUCACAUGACAUCGACAUUGUCCCUGGUAAAUGCAAGAGCCAGAGACACUGGAAACUUCGGUUGCAAGGGCAUCCCGUACGGAAUUGCAAACACGUUUACCGUCAGUCAAUACGUCUAUGUUUUCAAUGAUUCGGAACUUGUUAUUAUUGAAGGCAACGAAUUUUACUUCGAAAUUUCUCAAGAUCAAACUAAUUUUCCCGUCAAGUGCAUUCCAACCCAUCCGGAUGUCAAGGUUUCGCUCAUCCACAGACAUCAAUACACAGCAAGAGGCCAAAACUGGUUGGAACCCAAAGCCGAUUUGUUAGAAGAACUAUGUUCGACUUGGUGUUUCAAUAAAAAAAGUGGACUUAAUCUCAAAAAAGCGAAAAUCGACGACUCUGGCCAUUUCGAAUGCAUAGGGACCUACAAAAAUAAGACGAAUUUACAUAAUUUCUAUUUGUUUGUCAGUGGAAUGGAACUGAAAGGAGUUGAUGGUGCAGGUGAUCCUUAUUUUGAAGGAAUUGACGUUACUUUAAUUUGCCGAACUUACCAAUAUACCAAGUUCUCUUCUCCACCAAACUGGUCCUACCGAAUUAAUGGAAAAGAGCAGAUUCACAUCAUUGAUGAAAACAAUUCACCUGAAGGUAUUGAAAUAAGAAAGGACUCAUUUGACUAUAGUGGUAAAACACUUUACGAAAAUCAACUUCACAUCUUCGACAUCAGUCCAAAAGGCUAUAGCUUUCAAUGCCAAGGAAGUGGUUUCAUUGAUUAUGUAUGGAAAACAUUUCUCGCCAAAGAAUUACAUGGGGACUUGAAACAUAAAUCUGUUCAAUUAGAGAAAGAUAUCGCACAAAACUUGACUUGCUUCCUAGGAUCUCAAAAUGCUUCGACCAAAUGGUUAAAGGAUGAGAAAGAAUAUUCAGGACAAGUUUACUCCGUGGGCAACUCUUCAAUCUUACCGCUUUAUGGAAAGAUGGGUGAAAGCGGAAGCUACGCUUGUCAGUGGAAAGUCAGCUUUCCAGGUGAUGCGAAAUACAGAAAUUUCACCGUUUCUUUCCUCGAUAAAAUUCCAGUAAAUGACAAGACCGUCACUAUCGCCGUCCCUACAAUAUUUGCAAUUUUACUUUUCAUCCUAUUUGUCUCCGUUGGAGUGAAAUUUUAUUAUGACAAGAAACGACGAGUUUCACAGGAAGCGUUCGUUAGAUUGCUGAAUGGAAAUGCCAAGCAAAUUAAUAACCAAUCACCAAUAGAAGAGCAAGUAGAAUACCUACCCUAUGAUAGACGCUGGGAAUUUCCAAGAAAUCGUCUGCAACUCGGUAUCCAAUUGGGAACUGGUUGCUUCGGCCGUGUAGUCAAAGCGGAAGCAGUGGGACUCAAAGACUCUGAAGAAGCUGUCAAAACAAUAGCUGUCAAAAUGGUUCGGUCGCAAGCUAAUAUCGCAGCAAUGGAAGCCCUCAUCAGUGAACUGAAAAUUCUCGUCUAUUUGGGAUCACACCUCAAUGUCGUCAAUCUACUGGGAGCCUGCACCAAGCAAAUACACAAGGGAGAACUGUUUGUGAUCGUUGAAUAUUGUCGGUUCGGCAAUUUGCAAACGUUUUUGAUUAACCACAGGAAUAGUUUUGUUAAUCUGGUGGACGAGUUUGGGAACCUGAAAACGCAACACGAAAUUGAAAGUAACAAUUUCACCAGUGGUAAACUAAUCCACAGAUCAAAAGCGGAAGAAAACCCAUCGCAAGCAGAAACGAGCGAUUUUCAAGCUUAUGGCUGUUCUGGCAUGAAUUCAUCCUGUGAAAUUUUGAACGCCAAUUUAAAUUUCAACCUCGAAGAAGAACUGGAUGGAAAUUUAGAUCGGUCGAUUUCAACAACCAAUCUCAUUUCUUGGUCUUUUCAAAUAGCUCGAGGAAUGGACUACUUGGUUAGCAAAAAGGUUCUCCAUGGUGAUCUGGCGGCCCGCAAUAUUCUGCUCGCUGACGAUGGAGUUGCAAAAGUGGCCGACUUUGGCAUGGCUAAGAAAAUGUAUUACGAAGACUGCUACGAAAAAAGAGGACAAGGGUUGUUGCCGGUCAAGUGGAUGGCCAUUGAAUCCUUGACGGAUCGCAUCUUUUCCAGCCAAUCUGACGUGUGGUCGUACGGGAUCGUUCUUUGGGAACUCUUUUCUUUGGGUCGAGUUCCCUAUCCAGGUAUGGACGUCGGUCACAUACUCAUGAAAGAAAUUCUAAACGGAUAUCGAAUGGACAAACCGGAACUGGCGCCCAAGUUCUUCGGGGAAAUGAUGGCCGAUUGCUGGAAAUCGGAUCCGAAAGAGAGACCCACUUUCAGCCAAAUGGAGAAGGUUAUCUGCGGCCAUAUGGAGUCGUCGGUCAGCUCAGACUAUUUGAAUAUGAACGCGGUAUAUGUGAAGCUCAACGAAGACAAGGAGAACGCUUCGCCAAAGGAGCAUUUUGGAUUGGCCAAGUUGUUGAGAGAAAAAUCGGAAACUCAAUCCAAGAGAGACGCCACGCGACACUCAUCGUUUCCUAUACGAUUCUCCAAAAAAAGAUGAGAUGGGUGAUGCACAUGUGUGACCGAGCAAUCUGCUAGCAAUAUAUAUUACUCGUUAAAUUUCACCUCAAA